GAAGUAGGUAAGAACUGCCUAGGCUAGUAGUACCUAACUCAGAGCUCUGUUUCACCCCCUCCAGAGUUGAGAGUCCAAUUAGAUUGUCAAAUAAAAUCAAGAAAGCGUGAGAAGUGAUCAAUUCGUAUUAUAUUAUAUAAAGUGUUCGAAUCUACGGGGAGUGAGGCCAUCGUUCUUCUCUUCCGAUUUCUCUGACUGUUUGUUUGCUCGAAGCCCUGGCCAUGGCGAACCUUUUGAAUAUUGGUACUAAGAUCGUCGCCGUCGGCCGCAAUUAUGUUGCUCACGCCAAGGAACUCGGCAACGCAGUCCCCAAGGAGCCAGUACUUUUCAUAAAGCCUACCUCAUCUUAUCUGGCGAACGGGGGAACAAUAGAGAUUCCAUACAAUUUGGAAUCCCUUGACUAUGAAGCAGAGUUAGCCGUUGUCAUUGGGAAGAAAGCUCGUGAUGUUCCUCAGGCAUCUGCAAUGGAUUAUGUUCAAGGUUAUGCACUUGCCCUGGAUAUGACAUCCAGGGAUCUCCAAUCUACUGCAAAGUCUGGAGGUCUUCCAUGGACAAAAGCAAAAGGACAGGACACCUUCACUCCUAUAGGUUCAAUGCUGCCCAAGUCUUUGGUGCUGGACCAUGAUAACUUGGAAUUAUGGUUAAAGGUAGAUGGGGAACUCAAACAGAAAGGAUCAACAGGUGAUAUGCUGUUCAAAAUCCCAUUUCUGAUUAGCCACAUAAGUUCUAUGAUGACACUUUUAGAAGGAGAUGUCAUACUAACAGGCACCCCAGAAGGUGUUGGUCAGGUGAAAGCAGGGCAGAAGAUAACAGCUGGAAUAAGUGGUCUCACCGAAGUUAACUUUGAUGUCCAAAACCGUCAAAAGCCAGGAAGUCAGUGAGGUGCCCCCCUUCUCUACUUGAGAGGCAAUUGAAAGGCAACGGCUACUACAUAACUAUUCACAAGUGGAUGAGAAUAUGUUCUCUUUGCUAAGGCAACAAACGAUGUAGUGGUCAAGCCUUUUCUGUUGAAGGUAAAUAAUGCUAAUAAGAGCUUCAAAUUGCACGCUAGUUUGAGGUGAAAAAUGAAAUGGAUGAUUGCUUUUGUCCUGUUGUGAAGUAUGAAUUUUGACAUUUAAGUUCAAGUUCAUCUUGUGUCAACAUUGUGUGUUUGUACUCAGAAGUCUCAUAUUUCUUGGCUGAUUUAAUGGGUAGUCAAAAAAAUUCACAUUUGA